GGGGGAGGAGGGAGUGGGAUGCUGGGGGAGCUGGUGGCUGGGGCGACGGGGGGGCUCGUCCUCAUUCAGGACACCGUUGAGUGUGAGGGCCGCAGCCUGCUCAAGACCUUUGUGGCAGCUUCAGCGCACAGGGGGGAAUCCGUCCACGUUUUCGGCUUUGAAAUCCCCGAGGAAGAGUUCCGGGCCGGCUUCGACCCUGACGUGACUGCGCGGUUACUAUACCAGGAUGGCUUCACAGACCCCCUGCGCUGGACCGGGGAGGCUGGGGCCUUCGGGGCGGAGGAGUUCUCGGCCCUGGGGGUGGCCGGGCGCCUAGCACAGGGACCCGCGGGACCCGUCACCGUCGUCCUGGACUCGCUCAGCUGGCUUCUGCUGCGCCAGCCACUGGCCGCCGUCUGCCAGACGCUGGAACGGAUCCCGAGGGCAGCUGCCCACGCAGGCCUGCGUGUGACGAGGAUCCUGGCCUUGCUCCACGGGGACCUGCACCCGCCGGGCCUGGUGGAAACCCUCCACUCCCUGGCCCGAGCCGUGGUGGGGGUGGGGCCGGCCCCCGAGGGCGUGGGGAGUCGGGGGGACGUCCCCCGACUGGCCUCCAUGCUGCAGCGUAAGGGGACCCGGAAGGUCCUCAAGAAGGAGGAAUAUUACACCGUCCUGGCCGGCUUCACCCCAAAAGCCCUCGGGGAGCCCACAGGGAGCAUGCCCCAAGAUGAGGAGGCCGAGUCCCCUUCCGCGGCGGACCCCACCGCCAACUUGACCUUCAACCUGCGGCUGUCGGACACGGAGCGCCAGGCCCGGGACGGGCUGCUGCUGCCCUUCCACUUCACCGCCCAAAAGAAGUCGUCCCUGCUGGAGGCCUCGGCCAACGCCGGGAAGAUCUUCUACGAACCGGACGCCGCGGACGACCUGGACGAGGAGGAUCCGGACGACGACCUGGACGUGUGAGAGCCGAGGGGGUGUGUGUGUGUGGGGGGCUCCCCCCUCCCCCAAAUGGACCCCCGGAUCUCGGCCUCCCAGCAGGAACCUUCAGAGAGAUCCGUGACCGAGCCCGACUCCGGCGCCACUGUGUCUGCCACGGGGGGCUACCCAGGAGCGCCCCGUGGCCCCCCACCCACGUGCCCCCGCCCAGGGCUGUGUCUGCGGUCUGUGGGCUGUUGACUGGGGUUGGCAUCUGUCCGCCGAGAAGUGGGGCUGAGCCGUGUUCCCCUCCCCACUGCACCCACGCCAGCCCCCCACCCCCGUCCCUACCACCCUCUCCUGCCGUGGCAUGGGGCGAGACUUCCAUAAAGAAAGGGUGGAUGGGAAACCGCGCCCCCUAGAGGGGACAGGCCCCUGCCCCAUUUCCCGACCCCCUGAGCCAGCCAGUCCCCGCCCUGGGGCCGGAUUGGAACUCCCCCCUCAGUUUGCAGCGGUCGGACUCAUCCCUCUUCAGUCCAGAGAGGGCCCCCAGGCCCUUAAAACGAGCCACUUUCCCCUUUUUGGUAGG